AUGAUGGUGGUGCCUGGCAGCGCCCCGGUCAUACAACAGGACCAUGCUCUGGAGCCCGCCCUAGGACGAGACCCCCCGGAGAGCUCUGCCAUGGGCCCUGAGACGGAGCCAGCGUCCCAGGAGGUGGGCACGGAGCUGGAGGAGGUGCAGAAGCUGCAGGAGCUGAUGCGGAGGCUGGAGGUGGAGAGUCAGAGACGCAAGAAUAGCAGGGGCCUGCCUGGGACAAGCGAGAUUCGCACCGGGGUGGAUAACCACAACCCUGCUCUUAACGGGAUGGAAAUUCAUAACAGCAUCAAUGCCAUCACGGAGAAGCAGGAAUUGCAAAUAAUGGCAGAUCUACACAGCCAGUUAAGCAAAAUAAGGAAGGAGGAAGGAGAGAACAACUGCUUGAGAAAAGACAUUGAUGCCCAAAUGCAGUAUAGCUGCAACAGCGCUGGUGAGGAGUUGUCCACCACUGUGCACAAGGCGGGAAUGAAGACGGAUGAUAAUGUAUGGUGUCCUGCACGUGUGGAUACAAGUGACAGCAUGGAGCUCACGGGCAACUUGGUCAUUGCAGGUGUCGAUUCCUCGGUUAAAAUGAAUGAACAAAAUCCCAGUGAGAAAUGCAGAGAUCCAAUAAGUCUUUCGAACAACGCGGAUCUGGAUGAAGUGAAGGUGUUAGAACUUGAAAAUUGCUAUGAGGAAGAAGAUAGCUGGCUCUACGUGUCCCCGAGAAAAUCUGCUACAGAUCCGAAAACAGACUCGCCUUUAAAGUGGUGCCGACAGGUGCUGGAUAACCCCAGUCCCGAGACAGAAGCAGCCUGCCGAACCCUUAUAAACAGACUCGAUCAAGCCAGUAGAUGGAAAAACCUGUAUUGCAGCCCGUUGGCAUCACCCAGCGCACAUAACUUGAAUACAGAGACAGGCUCCUGUAGCAAUGCACUAAACUCUCCCGGGCACCUCAAAUCGACUAACAAAGCACUACUAACCUGUGGCAGCUCAGGUUACCUGAGCAUGCACUCUGCGCUCAGCUCCCAGUCGUCGGUGGACAGCGAGCUGAGCACCUCCGACGACUCCAUCUCCAUGGGGUACAAACUGCAGGACUUGACCGACGUCCAGGUCAUGGCCCGCCUGCAGGAAGAGAGCCUCCGCCAGGAUUGUGCCUCCAGCUCUGCCUCCGUGUCACGCCGCAGCUCCAGCGCCUCCCUCCACUCCCUGCGCAGAGGCACCUACAGCGACCAGGAGUUCGACACCUACAGCCUGGAGGAUGAGGACGACUACGACUGCUCCCUGUCGUACCGCAGCGCUCACCGAUACUCACCAUCCCCGCUCAGCUCCCCCCGCUGCCAGUCCCCUUCCUCCAGUGCAGAUUACAGCAGGGCAUCCACAUCCCGCAUCUGUCCCCCAAGGAGAUCUGUGCAAAGUCCGAUGCAGGACCGGCUCAAGUAUGCGAACAGUGAAGAGGAGAUGCGCCACAGCAUGCCCAGCCUGGCCAGGACGAGCCUCCGGGCUCUGGAGUCCGUGCGGAGCAGUCGGAGCCCGGAGUCAGAUCUGCAGGUGCCGAGCAGCCGAAUCCCACGGACACAGCAGCGCUCAGCAGGUCUGGCUCCCAGCAAGCUCAGGUACUCCUCUGGCUCUGGGCAGUCUCCCCUAACGGUGCGGCAGCCGCUGAAGGCCGGGUCAUGCGCAAACUCUCUGUUAGCAGCCAGGCAGCCCGUGAAAGCUGGCAGCUACGGAAGUCCUGUCGGCGGCACUCGAAAACCACAGGCAUCGGCGCCGGGUCCCGGCUCCUCCAGCAGCGGCUGCACCUCCAGGAGCAGCAACGCGGUCACUGUGGCAAAAGUUACACCCAUGAAAGUGCGCACGUCGGUCGGAGGCAUCUCGGUGCCCAGGAGCAAGCCCACGGCACCAUCCAAGAGGUUUGUGCAGGCAGCACCACCCCCCGAGGACGACUCCUGGAAGGACGGGUGCUACUGA